AUGCCAAUCUCCGGGGCUUUCGAGGGUUCUGGCUUGGCAUCAAUCACCCAAAUUAUUUACGAUGCGGUCUCGCCAGAGACUUCCCUCCACCAGAGGUCCAUCAUGUCGCUACUUGCCAAAUCAGCCCAUGGAGCAACGUCCCUGAUCGCUUUGCAAGUCGCGUCGCGAGCCUUGACUUUCAUCGUCAAUCAAGCCCUCCUGCGCUUCUUGUCCCCUCAAAUACUUGGAGUCGCAACACAGCUUGAUCUUUUCUCAGUCUCAACCCUGUACUUCUCAAGAGAAAGCAUUCGUGUUGUGUUGCAAAGAGGAAGAAAUGACAAUGACAAGCAGUCUGAAGACAAGAAACGUGAUGAGACGGAUCCAUCUGCUGGCAGACGGAAAGACAUACAAGAAGCCGUCAACAUCUCCUACAUAGCGAUCCUUCUCGGGGUCGUCCUCGCUUUCACUUUUCAAUACCUUUAUCUUCGCAAAGCUGACCCUGCCGUCCUCUCUACCGCCUACAUCCAAAAGUCUCUGAACCUUUAUGCCAUCGCAACAAUCCUUGAACUGCUACACGAACCCUACUUCGCCGCCGCUCAAUCGCAGCUCCAAUACGGCAUCCGGACGUCUUCUGAAAUGCAAGCAACAUUCUCCCGCUGCAUCAUCACCUGCGUAUCCGCAAUCUGGGCGAGCAAGAACAAUCUCGACCUAGGCGUCUUACCCUUCGCUGCUGGCCAGCUUACAUACUCCAUCACCCUCCUACUCGGCUACUCCUUCCGCCUCUCAAGUACCUUUGUCGAGACUUCCACCUCUCCAUACCCUCACAAAUCCUCACCAGCUUCUUCCCUCAUGCCCACAGCACGCCUCAAGCUCGCCUCAACCCUUUACGCCCAAUCCCUCUUCAAACAGCUCCUCACAAGCGGGGACAGCUACCUAAUCGCGACCCUCACAACGCUCGAAUCCCAAGGCGCGUACGCUCUAGCCUCGAACUACGGCGGCCUACUCGCCCGCAUCCUCUUCCAACCCAUCGAAGAAUCCUCCCGAACGCUCUUCGCCCGCCUCCUCACCACCUCCCCCCAAACUCCCGCAACUCUCUCGCUCAAGCAAUAG